AUGAUCCAAUCUUUUCCAACGUGUCCUGAGACGGAUGUAUGUUUCUCGUUGAACGUCCCUGCAUCCUCGAAGACGAACCUUGAGAGACGAGCAGAGCCUGGCGACAUUUUCUUCCAGCUGUCAGCCCCAACAUCGUACUCCUGGGUGGCCCUCGGUCAAGGUACAACGAUGAGCAAUGCGAACAUAUUCGUCAUGCAUAGUUCUGCAGAUGGCAAAAACGUGACUCUUUCUCCGCGGACUGCAACUGGACAUGUCAUGCCCACACACGACACUGCCGCCAGCAUCUCCCUUCUCGAAGGAUCUGGAAUCUCCAACGGCAAGAUGACAGCCAAUGUACGAUGUAGCAACUGCAAGAAUACGAUGGCCCUCAGCGGCGGAGACAGCGACUGGAUUUAUGCGCAUCUCAAAGGACCAUCGAUUGCCUCCGAUGAUCUUGAAACACCCGUCUCUCAGCACGACGACCACGGAGCUUUCAAAUGGGAUCUGUCAAAGGCAACUGGAGGGUCGAGCCCCAACCCGUUCCUUGCGGCCGGCUCCUCCACCACAAGCUCAUCAUCCUCCUCAUCACAGCCCAGCCUUCGCCUCGUUCAAGCCCACGGUGCCAUGGCCUCGCUCGCCUUCGUCGGCAUCUUCCCCAUCGGCGCCAUCCUUGUCCGUCUGGCCAAUCUCUCCCAUCUCGCCUGGGUCCACGGCGCCAUCCAACUCUUAGGCUAUGCCAUCUUCAUCGCCGCUGCUGGGAUUGGCAUCUCUCUCGCCAAACAGGGAUCAUACCUCUCGAAACCUCACGCUGGGAUUGGACUGUUCCUGCUCGCUGUGCUCUUCUUCAUGCCGAUCGUGGGUGCCCUUCAGCACAGGUUGUACAAGAAAGUACACAAGCGCACGGUGUGGUCGUACGGCCAUAUCUUCACCGGUAGGGUGGCGGUCGUGCUUGGGAUGAUCAAUGGUGGACUCGGACUGAAGUUGGCUGAUGCACCGAGUCGUUAUAAGAUUGUCUAUGGCGUCUUUGCGGGCUUGAUGGGAUUGUUUUAUAUUGGUGCCAUGAUCUUUGGCGAGAGGAAGUCGGCCAAAGAGAGGAAGCAAGCUGUUGCGCUGGAGAAGGAGAGCUCUGGUAGCAGCAGUGAGUGA